AUGUGUGAAGUACUUCCUGCACAAACACAAUUGUCUAUGGACAGCCUUUCUAUGGACUAUGCAGUAAAACAACUAGUACAAGCUGAUAUUCAAGAGAAGUUGGAUAGCUUGGAUAUUGCCUCAAUAACAGUUCCAUUCAAACCUUUUGAAGGAAACAACCAGUUCCUUGAUGCACAAGAAAGAAACAAGGCUGUAGUCACACCUAACAUGUACGAAGACUACCUGGAAAGCCUGACAGCAGAAGAUGUCAGAUUUAUUCACUCGAGAAACCAAGAUGACUUCUUGUAUCUGCACUUUCAGCAAGAUUUCACAGAUGAAACAUUGCAAUCACCUAGGUAUUUCCCUCACACAUUUCUUUCCCCAGUUGAAGAGGUUGAUAGAGAAUCUUCUUCCUCAGCUGUGUAUCCCAUCCGAACAUUCCUGUCCCCAGUUCAGGAGGUUGAUGGAGAGUCUUGCUUAUCAGCUAAUGAGAUUGUUGAUGUGAAAGCUGUUGAGGAGCAGACAGGAGGAACGCCAGUUAAAAGUUUUCAUCAACAGAAGACAUCUCUAAAGAAGAAAGAUGGUACUGUGCAAGAAAACAAACAGAGGAAGACACAGAAAGUUCCAGGUACAAAUGAAAUAUUCUUAGAGAGGCUUCAGUCUUUAGGUGCCAAAUCAAAUCUGGAGGAAAUGAAACUCACAAAUCGUCUAGCAGUAAAAAAGUCAGAGCUGGCAAACAUGCAAAAACAAGCAGAAACGGCAAAGGAGCAGAUCUGCCAAAGACAGAAAGAGCUGAAUGAGGUUAGGGUCACCAAUAGACUGUUGAUAGAGAAGCAGCAAAAGCUUCGAAAGGAAUUAGAAAUGGCAGAAAGGGAACUGAAGAAGGGUAAAUCCAAAGACAAACAGCUAAGUAAUGAAGUGAAAAGAAUGUCUAUUGACCAUGAAAAGCUGGUAUUCCAAGAGGAUCUCAUAAUCCAAGAAAGCCAGCAAAUUGAGAGAAAAUUAAAGGAGAUGAAAUCAAUAAGCAAGAAACCCAAGCAUUUUAGAUAA